GUGUGGGGCCGCCCAAAAAAUGUGACCUAUUCUGGGCACAGCUGUCACUUUGAAGCUGGUAGGAAUCUUUUGUCACCUCCACAGGGAGUCAGCACGUGAAAGAGAGAGAGAGAGAGAGGUAGAGAAAUAGAGAGAGAGAGGGAGAGAGAGAGAGAGAGGGAGAGAGAGAAAGAGUAGGACAGAGACGGGCAGAGCCCCUAAAAUCCAUUUUGAAAAGAGUGAAGUUGAGUUGACUGUGGAGCUUUUGGAAGCUGACUGACAGAGAGCUUAGCAUUGGAAAGGAGGCUGGAAAAAAGAGAACAGUCUGUAUGGAGCCAGACCCCGUCUGAAAGAGCAGGGGUCAGAACCGAGAGAGAGAAAGAGAGAGAGAGAGAGAGAGAGAGAGAGAGAGAGAGAGAGAGAGAGGGGGAUAGAGAGAGAUAAGUGGAAGUCUGGGAGUGACUCUAUGUCUCAGUGACAUUGGUGUUCCAGCAGCUGGUAAACAGAGACCCGGAGCCUUCUGUCUUGCUGAGCUCUCCUCCUCUUGGAGUGGCGAGACCGGGACCUGCUAAUGCUUCAUGAUCCGAAGGUCUUAGAACCUGAGGCAAGCUGAUCAGGGAAAGCCCCUGCACAUUGCAGUGCAGUAAUAAGCCAAAGAUAGUUGUGGCGGUGUACAGCUGGGACCAUGGAAAGGGGAUCUUGGGUGGUUUAUGAGAGGCAGUCGGAGACGUUGGAGAUGGACACGCAGUGGGCCUUCAUGCCAACACACAAUAACUAAUCAAACCCUGGAGGUCUCUCAUUGAUGCCAAGUGGGCACACCACAGCUUGCGGAAAGUUGGCACUUUUGAUUUUGCCAUGCGAAGGGCACAGUUUCCCUCGAGAACCGUACCAGAGAGAGUUGUGAUGCCCUCUGCAAGGGGACCUGAAAGUGUGGACCUUUUGGGCCAGGAUCGGCCUGCUUCGGCGCCGCCCGUCUUCCUACGCAAGCUCAAGCGCGGUGCCGUGGCGACUGGGUGUGACGUGCGUCUCCGGGUGUCGGUCGGGGGCUACCCCGAGCCCGCACUCCACUGGUACCAUGGCGACAUGCCGGUCGCUAGCAACGAGCGGGACCCAGGUGGACUGUGGAUCAGAGACUGCCAGCCCUCCGACGGAGGCCUCUACACCUGCGUCGCAGUGAAUGCUCGGGGGGAGGCCAGGAGCAGUGCUGUGCUGGCCGUGCUGGACCUGGGAGAGGACUCAGAGAAUACCGAGGAUGAGACGGCGGAGGCGCAGGUCCCCAUGGAGACCAGAGAGCGAGGCAAAGGAGCGCAGGGCCAGACAGGUAUGAAGAUGGCUGACCGCACAUUGGAUCCUUAUGGUCACGACCCCAGAGGUGUCCAGGACCCCGUGGUGGGGAGGGAGGUGUUCCCCCUCGGCUCCAGACCCCCCGGCCUGGCAGACCCAUCUCAGCCUGGCAGGAACCAAGUGGACACCCUUUUAAAGGUCAACACCCCCAGUGUUCAGUCCCCACUGGGUCAAACACAACAGUGUUCCUCCGUGACAUCCCCCCUGCCUGGUUCUGAUGAACCUGGACCCGACGCAUCGUUGCCCAGCGACAGUGGCCAACAGCAGAACUUGGGUGGCCCCAUGACCCACCAGGAGAUCAUUGAUGUUAAGGCGAAAGCGAAAAGCUCCAAGUCCUACGCGUCCUCCCAGAGCAGUGACUCUCAGGAUUCACGCAGAGACUCUAUGACCUGCCAGACCCCGACACUCUCUCGAAGCGGCUCCAGGAUCAUCGACAAGGUACGAGCCUUCGAGGAGCGCAGGCACAGCGUAAACGUCCCGAAGGGGUCGGCAUCAGGUCGCUCCUGGAUGAAGUUCGGGCGAGCGGCAUCCAUCGACUCAGACGACCGGAGCAAACAGACAGGAGCCACAAAAGACAAAGCGACAUCAGACGUGGCUCUGAAGAGGUCAUUCUUCAAGCAGAAGGCAUCUUCGCUGGAGGAGAGUAGCAGCAGCAGCAGCAGCAGAAGCUAUGCUCAGAAGGUCCAGAAUUUUCAGAGUAAAUUCACAGAGGAGCUCCACCGAAUCAAACAUCUUGUCGGGAGGCCCAGCCUGAAAAAGGCUAUGUCCACAGAACAGCUCUGCGAGACAGACAAGCAGUUCCUGGGCAAACUUGAGCCUAUCCCACCCGAGGUCGUUCAGAAACUUCAGGAUCGGGAGAAAAGGCUUGAAACGAAGGCUGCAGAGCCUGAUAAAGUAGAGCUGCCACCACAGAACUCAGUCAGAAUACAAAGUGAUCUUCAAAGAGGAACAGAGGAGAAACAGCCUCUGAAGGAGCAAGAUCCAUCACGCUCUGUAAGAUCUAAGACACAGACUGGAAAAGACACACUGAUCAGAAAAACAGAGACAGAUAGAGGAGGCGAAGCCAAGCCUCGGAUAUUCCCAGCGAUCAACUUACCAGGCCAGAGUUCGCCCAGACUGCCACGCAAGAGUUCAUCCAGAGAAUCCCCAACCCCGUCAAUUCCCCAGCCCCUCAAAGAAAUGGCACCAAAGCAGGAGACUGAACAGCCAGUUGCCAAGAAAGAACGGAAAUCUACGAGCCCUCAUAUACAGAAGGCGUCCACACCAACAAAAGAGGUGCCGGUCCAGCCACCUCUGAAGCCCUCACGGCUGGCCAGCUCAGUGCCUGCACCUGUCUCAACAUCUCAGAGGGCCAAGGAGGAGACUGCACCUGUCUCAACAUCUCAGAGGGCCAAGGAGGAGACUGCACCUGUCCCAACAUCUCAGAGGGCCAAGGAGGAGACUGCACCUGUCUCAACAUCUCAGAGAGCCAAGGGGGAGAAACUACAAAGAGGGCCCUCCCUGGGGUUGAAACUGACCAUCCCCACCAUUGUUGUUCAGGAUGAAACCAUGGAAGAGGAGGAUGAGGAAGAAGAAGAUAGGAUAGACCAAAGGAGAACAAGAAGAGAAGGAAGGAAGGGGAGAAACCAGAGAAGUCGGGGGAAGACACAUCACAGUCGUCCAACAUCACCAGAACAAGCGGACUCCUCCGAUGACUCCUACAUGUCAGCCGAGGAGACCCCAGCGGAGGCUCCCCACUUCCAGACUCCUCUGAGGGACGCGGAGGCCUGCACUGGGGCCGAGGUGCAGCUCAAGUGCGUCAUCGCUGGAAGCCCCCUCCCACAAGUGAGAUGGAGGAAGGGGGAGACUGAGAUGACACACAGCUCCACACACACUCUGAGGGCUGAGGGGGAGCGCCACUCUCUCACCAUCAGACAGAUGAAGCCGAGCGACGCGGGGACAUAUCACGUGACCGCCAUCAACACCAUGGGACAGGCCUCCGCCUCAGCCACCCUCUACAUCAGGGCAGAGCCAGUCCAGGUGCAUCGUGGGAAACUGAGUCUUCCUCUGGACCCCCCAGGCAGUCCUGCCCUCUCUGAUGAGGAGUACCUGAGCCCCUUAGAAGAGGGCAUGGAGCUGGAUGAUACUUCCUGGUACCAGAGGACAGAGGCGUCCGCGUUCAAAGAGCCCCCUUCCUUCCAGGUGACCCUGGGUGACCAGGCUGUCGCAGAGGGACAGGAGGUCACCAUGUCAGUUCAUGUUUGUGGGCAGCCCAAACCCAUGGUGUACUGGUUGAGAGACAGAGUGACAAUUAAAACUGACAGCCGCCAUGUUGUUGAAGAACUGCCAAAUGGGAAAUAUGAGAUGAAAAUCAAAUCAGCACUUCAGUCAGACACUGGAGUUUACACCUGCAAGGUCAUCAAUGAAUACGGCACUAAACAGACUGAGGGCAGAUUGGAUGUUUCUGCUCUUCUAAGUCAGCCCGUGCUGGCCAUUACCAUACCUGUGCAGGACGUGUCAGUGAAGGCAGGCGAGACGGUCCUGUUUGAGUGUCACAUGACUGGCCCACAGGAAGUGGACGUGGACUGGCUGGCCAAUGGGAAGCUGAUUCAGCCAGCCCUGCUGGACUGUAAGAUGCAGUUUGAUGGGAGGAGGUGUCGACUCCUGCUGCGUUCAGUACACGAGGAUGACAGUGGGACCUACAACUGCAAACUCAGCUCAGCUAAAGAGGAGAUGGUGAGCAGUGCCUGUCUGAGAGUCAGUCCCUCCAGGGAGCCCCUGUUCACACGCAAGCUGGACGUCCUGGAGGUCAUCGAGGGGCGCACCGCCCGCUUCGACUGCAAGGUCAGCGGGUCACCGCCUCCUGAGGUGACAUGGAGCCACUUGGAACACCCUCUGCAGGAGAGUGACAACAUUCGUAUCCUGAAGGAAGGGGGGCGCCAUUCUCUAAUCAUCACACAGGUGACCCAGGAGGACGAGGGCUUCUACUCAGUGACAGCCCAUAAUAUCCAUGGCGACACGGAGAGCACAGCAGAGCUCUACGUGCAGGAACCUCGGCCAGCCAUCUCAUCACACAUGGCGAGGCUGGAGAAGAUGCCGUCCAUCCCUGAGGAGCCGGAGGUCCUGGAGUCCGAGGUGGAGAGGAGGACCAUGCCUGACUUCGUCACGCCCCUACGGGACGUGGAGGUGGUUGAGGGCAAGGAGGCAGUGCUGAAGUGUAAGGUGUCUGGCCUCCCCUACCCCACCAUCUCCUGGUACCACAACGGCAAGAAGAUCGACAGCACAGAUGACAGGAAGAUGACUCAGUACAGGGAUGUCCACAGUCUGGUCAUUCGCUCCGUGUGUCACGGUCACAGUGGUGUUUAUAAAAGUGUCAUAUCCAACAAGGUGGGGAAGGCUGCCUGCUAUGCCCAUCUCUAUGUGGCAGAUAUCCUUCCAGAUCCCCCAGAUGGGCCUCCAGUGAUAGAGGCCAUCACCGGAAGGACCAUCUCCCUGAGCUGGAGCAGGCCAAAGAACCUGGAUCCAUCUAUCGAUCCUAAUUCUCUGUUGUAUGCGGUUCAACAACAAGCCCUGGGCUCGAUCCAGUGGACCAUCAUAGCAUCUAACCUGAGAGAGACAUCCUACGCAGUUUCCUCCCUCUCCAAAGGAGCACGCUAUGCAUUCAGAGUUUUGGCAGGCACCGGCAAAGCUUUCAGCAAGCCAUCUCCACCAACAGACCUCGUUCAGCUCAUCGACAGAGGCCAAUAUUUGCGUAAAGGCCCAGGAAUUUUGGAUAAGCCAGAUACUGUGUAUGCAGUGGAGAACCAGCCUGCCAGUAUCACCAUCACUCUCAACCAUGUUCAAGCAACAGUCACCUGGAAAAGGAGGGGGGUGAUAUUGCUUCACAAGCCGGGUGUGUGUGAGACGAUCAUGCCAGAUGACGACCAGCACACACUGAAGCUGAUGAGGGUGCGCUGUGGGGACGUGGGUCAGUACACCUGCAUCGUGAGCAACGCGUACGGCAGCGACAUCUGCCACACACAGUUGAUCCUUGCAGUACCCCCGGCCUUUGACUGCAUCAUGGAGGACCUGGAUGUGUGUGUGGGGGAGACAACAAGGUUUGCAGUGGUUGUUGAUGGGAAGCCAGACCCUGACAUCCUCUGGUACAAAGACAACACUCUCCUGUCGGAGAGCAGCCACUUCACCUUCGUGUACGACGACAGGGAGUGCUCGCUGGUGGUGCUCAACCCUCGAGAAGAAGACUCAGGGGUCUACACCUGCACGGCCAAGAACCUAGCCGGGGCGGUGAGCUGCAAGGCUGAACUCACUGUGCACACAGCCAAGAAAGUAGUUGAGGAACCAAUGGAGGAUGAAGAGACCAUCCUGAGGAGAAUGCGGAGGCUGACAGAUUAUUAUGACAUCCACAAAGAGAUUGGGAGGGGGGCAUUUUCCUAUGUGAAGCGAGUAACACUGAAAGCCGCGAAAAGGGAUUACGCGGCUAAAUUCAUCACAGCUCGAGCGAAGAGGAAAGCCUCUGCCCUUCGGGAAAUGUCUCUGCUCUCUGAGCUGGACCACGACAGGAUCCUGUACUUCCAUGACGCCUUUGAAAAGAAAAAUGUGAUUGUAAUCAUCACUGAACUAUGCCAUGAUGAGUUGCUUGAGAGAUUGACAAAGAAGACCACCAUUAUGGAAUCAGAGGUCCGUUCCACAAUCAGGCAAAUAUUGGAAGGUAUUGAUUAUCUUCACCAUAAUGACAUCAUUCAUCUUGACAUCAAGCCAGAGAACAUUCUCAUGGCUGAUCGUAACAGUGACCAGAUUCGAAUCUGUGAUUUUGGCAACGCUCUGAAGUUCACUCCCAACGAGUCACAGUACUGCAAGUAUGGCACUCCAGAAUUUGUUGCUCCAGAGAUUGUGAGCCAAACGCCCAUCUCCAAGGCAACAGAUAUCUGGCCUAUUGGAGUUUUAACCUAUUUAUGCCUCACAGGAGUCUCUCCAUUUGCUGCGGAGAACGACCGUGAAACAUUGCUCAACAUCAGGACCUACAACGUGGCUUUUGAAGAGAGCAUGUUUGCUGAAUUGUGCAAAGAAGCCAAAGGAUUUGUCAUCAAGCUGCUGGUUUUAGACAGACUGAGGCCAGACACAACUGAAUGUCUCCGGCAUCCCUGGUUUAAGACCUUGACUAAGGGGAAGAGCAUCAGCACAGCAAUACAUAAACAGGUCCUGGCAAGACGAAAGUGGCAGAGAUCACUCAUCAGCUACAAAUCCAAAAUGGUGAUGAGAGCCAUCCCUGAGCUACUGGAUGACUCCUUGAAGCACACAUCCAUUGCUAUGUCCAAACAUCUCAAAGACAGUUCACGACCGGCGUCAUCCUCCUCAGACUCGAAUGAGGACAUUGAUGAGCUUCCCUUCAUCCCCAUGCCCCUAAAUAUGGUGUUCUCAGGCUCCAGGAUGUCCCUCACUGAGAUCACAGGGGAUGAUGAUGCUUCGGGUGCCUUACCUGCCAAAGGAAACCAUCACAGAGAGGAACCAAUGGAGUGUGAGCCAUCAGCGACUAGAAAAGAUGAGCAAUCUGAAGAAGUGGGUGAGGAAGGGGAGAAGCCCAGGAAGACUCUUCAGACAGGCUCAAGUGUGGAGGCUGAGGACAUACUGGUGAAGUCCAGGAGGGCGACGAUGCGUAGAGGAAGCUCGGCAGACAGUGCCCUGCUUCUCCAAAUCUCACCAGAAGAGGGCGCUUCAGAGGAGGAGGCUGUAGAAGGCAGCAAGUGCCUAAAGAAGGCUGUGUCAAUGGAGCUUCCUAGGAGGAGUCCAAGUCCAGGCCCAGGCAAACUGAGCCAGGAGGACUAUGCUCUGAAGCUGGAGCUGAUGAGGCAAAGGCUUCUUAAGGGUGGAUCCGUGGACAAGAAAAUGAGUGGGUUGCGAGGCCCUCUGCUGGAGACAUUAGGGGUGGAUGACGAAAGACGGACCUCGUCCCUUGACCGCAACUUGCGCAGAGCAAGAAAGGCUGCUGGUGGACUGACAAGGGCAUCCUCGACGGAGAGUCCUGGGGAGGGCUCCCCAAAGACCAAGGUGUUUCGAAAGAGCGCCUCGUUCAGCCAAGGUGACCCUGAAUCCACUCCACUGCACAGACGCUCGGGGGCUCCACUGGAGAUCCCCAAUACCCAGACAGGCCGGAUGGGAGAGCAAAAGCUACAAGAAGCCAUAUCUAUGUCUGCUCUUACUGAGGAGACAAGACUUGAGUCAAGGCCUGAGUCUCCCAUAGAAAUCCAUUCUGUGCCACCCACUCCUGACCCAGAACAGCAGGAAUGGAAACAGGAAGAAAGUUGCAUUCUGGACAAGGAAGAGCUGGAUGAGGAACAGCAAGAUGAGACAACAAUUUCUGAGUUAUCUUCGCAAAGUCAUGAAGAGGAUAGUGUAUCCCUGUCUUCCCACUCAGCUGUGAAGGAUGCUGUCUCUGUGGUUUCUCCUGUGAUUCAAGUUGAAAGCAUCGAUAGAAGAGACAGUGUCGUGGAGGAGGCUUCCAGCUCAAGCAGAGGUGUGGUGAAGUCAGAGAUCGAUUCACCUGCAUCGACUCCUACUAAGAAGAAAACAUCUGCCUAUGCCAAUGUGAUGCAAACCAUCACUGGUCUACAACCUAACGGAAAACAGCAAAUAGCCACCCCUCCACACACCCACUCUCGCACUCGCUCCAACCCUGAAACUAUCCUCCAGACAGAACAUCCCGCUGUUUUUGCUAAAGUGGCUACGCCACUUGCACCCAUUCUCCGAACUGACAUCAAGGACAUUGACUCAGAGGAGGUUUUCGAGGCGAGGUUCAAGAAGCGUGAGUCCUCCCUGACUCGGGGCCUGAAGCGCUUGACUAGAACUAAAUCGGAAGAGAAAUCUCCAGUCAUGCCUCGCAAGAUGGGAGAGGAGAUCUAUAGACCUGGGGCGACUGGGGCUCCUCUGGAGAUGGUGUCCAGAGGACUCCAGGAGAAAUCAAAGUCUGUCCAGGACCUCAGGGAGGUAGACAAGGACUUCGGAUUGGUCGGCAGGUUCUCCAUGCGUGCAAAGAAGUCAGCUCUUGUCACCAAGAAGGAGGAGAAGUCAAAAGAUGAGUCAAAGGACGAGACUACCAAACGCAGGGUGUCUUGGGCUAUAGGUGGUCGCAGCAAGUCGUUGGACAAAAAGGGGACAGAGACCAUGAAGACAGACCAGGAAGUGGAAGCAAAGAGGGAAGUCUCAGAGAGGGAUCUGCAGAAAGUUCCGGAGUCACCUGUUUUGGCCAUGAGACGAAGGUUUGAGUCAAAGGUGGCAGACAUCUCAGAGAAAAUGCGCAGUCGAUCAGAGGAGAGGAAAGAAAUAAAAGGGCCAAAGGAUGUUGAAAAAUCUGAGACUCCUUCAGAAGAAGCAAAACUAGAUAAGAUCGGUGAGUCACCAGUCCUGGCCAUGCGCAAGAAGUUUGAAGCCAAGGUCGCUGGCAUCUCCAUGAGAAUGCGUAGCCAGUCUGAAGACAGGGAAGUAGAGAUUGAGCAGAAGCCAGAGGGCAAGAAAACGCCUAUUCUGUCCCGCCUGCGGCAUUCCCAGUCUGAGGGCACAAGUCUUAAGAAGUUGGACAUCCCAGAAAACCAGCUAGCGGAACAAACUGGCAAAUUAGGUGGAAGUGACUCAGUGGAAUCCACCAACAGCACGCAGUCUGCACAGAAAUCUUCUCUGACACCAGAAAGUGACCGCCGCUCUAGAUGGGAUCGAUGGGGGUUGUCUAGAGGCAAGAGAGGCAAGAGCCCCUCCCAGCUCAGCACUGCAUCAUCUGUCUCCAAGGAAGAGGAAGUUAAAAGCCAGGAGUACACCCGGUCUUCCUCAGACUUCCCUCCAGUUUUCCACAUUAAGUUGAAGGAUCACAUCCUUCUGGAAGGAGACCCAGUCACCCUAAGCUGUCUUCCUGCAGGGAACCCCUUGCCAAAGGUCAUCUGGAUGAAGGAUAAAAACACAUUGGAGAUUGACAGCAGGAUGAACCUGAUGUCCAGUCCGGAUGGAAGACAGCUCCUGAUGAUCUUGAACACUACAAAGAAGGAUGCUGGCCUGUACGAAUGUGUGGCCACCAACCCCCUGGCUUCAGUCACCAGCUCCUGCACCAUAUCUCUGGCUUGUGUACCUAAGCGACCUGGAACCCCAGAGGUUCCUCAGACCUACAACAACACUGCCCUGGUGCUGUGGAAACCGGCAGACACCAAAGCUCCGUGCACAUACUCACUGGAGAGGAGAACCGAGGGUGAAACUAACUGGCUGAUUGUGUCCACGGGUUUGGUGGAUUGUUACCACAAUGUGACAGAUCUGCCCAAUGGCAGCACCUUAAGGUUUAGAGUGGCUUGUGUCAACAAGGCUGGCCAGGGGCCUUACAGUAACAUCUCUGAGAGAGUGUGCCUGGGCACCACAGGGAGUGCAUUCACUGUGCCAGUGAAAGAAACGACCAUCUCUCCGUCUCCUGCUUCAGAUGUCCCCGUUCCACCAUCAGGUGCUGCCAUGGCAACUCGCUCCGUCGUCCAACGCAGUAAAUCAGUACCCACUGUGUCCCCCUCUUCACUACCACCGACUCUCUUAGCGCCUUUCCCAGCCGCUCAGAUCUCUGUCCAGCUCCCAUCACAAGCAGCCACAGCAAGCCCCACUUCAGCCCUCACCUCUCCUGCCUCCACCGCCACUAAAAGCCUGCAUGUCUGGCCUCCUCGCAGGGCUGAAGCCCAAUCACCGCCUAACAUCCCUCUCGGCCAGAGACAGGCAGCCCAAUUAGCCAGUAAUGUGACAGACUCAGCACUGGUCACGCCCACCCCCGCUUAUUCGCCACCAAUAGUCAAGCCCAUAGCACCUUUGAUCCCGCCCAAACCGCAGAGUCCUGUGAAUGUGGUGCCGCCAAUCACUCAAACCCCACCUGUGACCCAGCCUGUGCCCACCACCACAACCACAACUUCUUAUUUUGCCUCUGCCACCUCGUCUCCACCCGGCAGACCAAUCUCCCCUGUGCCCUCGAACGUGCCAGCCACCACCGCUCGCGUGGCACCCACUCAUCUCUCUCCUCCUGUAGUGUUGGUGAGCAGCAUGAGUCCCAUCGGGGAGGGGGCAGGUACUCCUUCCCCUGUUACCCCCACAGGACACGUGAACCCCUCUACAAAGGCUAAUGAGACCGGUCUGAAGCAGGGGGUGCCUCAGAAACCAUACACCUUCAUGGAUGAAAAGAUAAGAGGACGGUGUGGGGUGAUCCGCGAGUGCCGUGAGAAUACCACCGGUAAAAUGUUCAUGGCGAAGAUCGUGUCGUACGAGCAGGACACCAAGCAGCUGGUGGUGCAGGAGUACCAGACCCUCAAGUCGCUCCACAAUGACAGGAUCAUGGCUUUACAUGAGGCCUAUGUCACACCACGCUACCUGGUGCUCAUCACGGAGAACUGCACAGGCAAAGAAAUCCUCUACAGUCUCGCUGACAGGUUCCGGUAUUCUGAGGAUGAUGUUGUGCAGUAUCUGGUAGGGAUCCUGCAAGGUUUGGAGUAUCUGCACAGCCGACGAAUCCUCCAUCUCGACAUCAAACCAGACAACAUCAUGGUCACCAAUCUGAAUGUCAUUAAGAUCAUAGACUUGGGCAGUGCUCAGAGUUUCAACCCCCUCACACUCAGAAGCUAUAGCAGAGAUCUGGGAACCUUAGAGUACUCUGCUCCUGAGCUGUUGAAAGGUGAUGUGGUGGGUCCCCCCGCAGACAUGUGGGGUGUGGGAGUACUCAUCUACAUCAUGCUGAGUGGAAGACUACCGUUCCAGGAGAAGGACCCAAAGCAGACUGAGACCAAAAUACUGGCAGCCAAGUUUGACGCUUCUAAGCUGUACCCAAAUGUGUCCCAAAGUGCCUCCGCCUUCCUGAAGAAGGUCCUCAAUGGCUAUCCCUGGUCGCGGCCCAGCACUAAGGACUGCUUCUCCCACACCUGGCUGCAGGACUCCUACCUGAUGAAGCUGCGCCGGCAGACCCUCACCUUCACCACGGCACGCCUCAAGGAGUUCCUGGGGGAGCACCAGAGACGCCGCGGCGACGCCGCCACCAAGCACAAGGUCCUCCUGCGGGCAUACCAGAGCGGGCCGCAGACCCCCACCUCCCCGACCACCGCUGGCCCCUCCACCACACCCGCCACCCACUGACCACAGCUCUCAUCUGGGGUUAGAGAGUGGCCCUCUACCCUCCGCCCCUUCCUCCUGGGUCUUACAGAGCACAGCGGGGUCGGAGCUCAAGCAGACUAGGCUGGGCUGAGCUGAGCUGCAGGGACUCCUUCAUGUGAGACCAGUGUCAGCUCCUCCAGCUUAGAGGGAGGGAGAGGAUGGAGACGACUCACUUCUGACUAAGAUAAAACCAAGAUGGAUUUGAGCAAUGAGUAAUGGAUCGCUUGUAUCGGACCAUCUAAUUAGCUAAGUGGUCAUACUUAAAGAGGAGUUGGUGGUUUUAUGGCUUCUUUUUAGUCGUUGUGAAUCUUCGUUUUUUUUUUUUUUUUUUUUUUUUUAGAAGAUGAAGUAGAGGUUUGAUCGGGGCUAGGCAGUUCAUUUAUUUCCCUGGCUGAUUCGCUUUUAAAAAGCAAUCCAGGCAGAAUUUAAUUCAUGUAUUUAAAUAAAGUUACAGUUCAAUAAGGAUGUUGGUUCAUAAGUCAUGUCGAAAAUUUUGACUAUGUAAGCAAUAUGUCACCAGUUAAGAGCAAAGACACUACUUCAAAGACACUUUUGAACAGAUCUUUCAGAUUGAUCAAAUUAUUAAUUGGUGACCCACCUAGUACUCAAUUUGACUCUAUACUGUACUUGACUUUACGCUGCUAAAUGUUGUAAUAUUUUCAGUUGCAGAAACCCUCAGUAUGACAGUGUGACAUGUUUACUUCCCUAAUUCUUUGCACCUUUUGGUGAAUGUGAAACGUACCUUUAAUAUAACUAACGUGUGCUACUGAGCUCAUGGUGGAUGUAGUGAACAGUUAGCUGGAUGUUGCGGCAACACUUGGUGACAUUUGUGAUGGCCGUGUUUAAAUAUUCAUAUAUUUGACCGUUUUUACAUGCUUUGGAGUGUUUUUUGAUAAAGACAUGUUUCUAUGGAUACAAGAUAAAUGGAUACAUGAGAACCAGUGGAAUUCUCUUGUAUACAAUUUUCCUGACUGUUGCUCAACUAACAGAUUUGGUAUUGAUUCCUCAAAAUGUCAUCAAGUACCAAAAUCAGGCACUGACUAGACUAGAGUAACAUUUCUCCAGUAAAGGAAAUGAUAAACUUUUUUGCCAAAACAUGAUUUUGCAAGCACACUUAACAUCAGACAGCAACACAAAGAGAUGGCACUGGGACCCUCAUAGGGGUUACACUACACAUACAGUCAUGGUUGCUGCAAAAUAUAGAAAUCUAGUUUCCGUAUAAAAAAGUAGUGCCAUAUUACAAUUGAGUAAUGUCGGUUGGUAGGAUGCUUUUUGUUGCACAUGUGUUGGUGUCUUUCAUGGAAAAUCAUUAUUUUGUCAAGUGAUUCGCCUACAGUGGUGUAUUCUUAACUAAAGAAAGAUGGUAAUACUACAUAUUAAAUGCACUAAUUAAUAUGAAGAAAAGUGAUGCAUUGAAUAAUGUAAAUUAAGGGAUUCUAGACAUCAAACGCGAUAACAUAAGCCCAAGGCAGUAACUUCAGUACUUUACAGUACUCCGGGUUGUUCAAAAUGGAGGUUCAGUAUUUCUUCUUGAUACGUUACAUUAAGUAAUGCUACAGUGUGAGAAUAAGGAUUGCCUGAAACGUUAUGUUGUUGCUAUGGGGAAGAGUGCACCUGUUAAGUGAGUAUCCAGAUCUUGUGUAAAAAGUGGUCCCAGUGUUUCAAAAGCAGUCAACAUCAGUUCACCUGUAGGUGUGUUCGUGUGCAAAUUACAUUGUGUUAAUGCACAGACCUCAGUUGUGAUUCUGAAGGAACUGGUCAGUCUAUUUUGGUCAACAGAGUGUGUUGUAGAAAUUGUCAUUUUGAAGCGAAUGUGCAACGCUCUACUUUAUGUAUGUUUUUGUGCAUAUCUAUCACAUAAAAGCUUUUCGCUUUGAUUCUCUUUGGCAAAAAAAGCUGUUGUUUUGCAAAGAAAUUUCUUCUAAUGUCUCACACAAUGUAUUAUAAAGACACAAAGAUAAUGUAGAUGAUUUUGAAACCCAUCUGGAUGUAUUUUGUUUUUAAGUUCAGUCAAAUAAAACAUUUGCAUAAAAUUGUAA